AUGUCCACUCCUUCUGAUAAAAAACAGAAACUAGAAGAAAAGCCAAAGCCUUGCUGCGUCUGCAAGCCCGAGAAGGAGGAUAGAGACACAUGUCUGCUUUUCAAUGGCCAAGAGUCGGGGAAAUGUGAUGACAUGAUCGCCAAGUACAAGAAGUGUAUGCAAGGCUAUGGAUUCUCGGUUUGA